GACAUGGUUGACGGAUUUCUCGCCGCCGCAUAUAUGAGCAACGGUUUUCGCGGUGUCAGAAAUUUCGGAUGCCACGUUAAGCGGACAGGCAAUUAUCUUAAAAUAUCGAACGUGCAAUUUCUGAUUAUUUCGUCACCGUUUACGCAUUGUGCGGUCGAUUAGUUAAAAAUUAAUAGGACUUCGUGGCGAUGACGAGUAGUGGCAUUUCCACAGACCGUUACAGAUGAGUAAUUUGUCGCCAACCAACUUGGAGGCAAACUCAGCAUUUGACGACACACCACGAUGGCAAAGAGCAGAUCAGGAAACGUACACCGACGCGGUCCAUCGAAGAGUGGGUCAUCGGCUAAAAAAAUAACAGAGGAAAGCGAGUCUCCAUCGAGGAGUAAGUCAUCGCCUCAGAAAAUCAAGAAGGAAAGCGAGUCUCACAAGGUUUCGACUCUAUGUCAGAAAUUGGCUUUUGCGUUAGCUUUAUUGGUCGUUACUUUUGCGAUUUGCCUGACCUUCGCACAUGUCAACUCUCCGAUCGCAGCUGUUUCAGUAAAUGAUAUUCAUGACGUUCGUCAAUUGAAAUGGACCAAUGUGGAGAACAAUAACCUUGCACAUGGAAGAAAGUUGUUGAAUGAACUGCCGGGACCCGAAUCCAUUGUAGCGGACGAAGAAGGGAACUGGUACACUGGACUAAUAGAUGGUAGAGUUGUUAAAAUUAUCAAUGCCGGGAAAGAGGAACAAGUAGUGGUUGACAUAACAGCAUCUUAUGAUUUUGCAAUAGGUAGUAAACGAAAAGGCAAACGACCGCUCGGUAUUCGUUUAAGCAAAUCAACGCUUUAUUUUGUGGAUGGUUAUCAGGGAUUAUUUUCAAUUGAUAUAAAGACAAACCAAUGGAAAAAAAUUGUUGGCUACGAUGAAGUGGAACCACAUAUGAUGUUUCCUGACGAUUUGACAAUUUCUUCAAAUGGAAAAACAAUAUAUUUCACCGAUGUAAGUGAAAAAUGGGACUAUGACAAUGUGACGUUUAGUAUUAUAGAAGGAGAAUGUUCAGGUCGCAUUUUUAAAUGUGACGUUCAAAGCAAACGCAUCGAUUUGAUUUAUAGUGGCCUAUGCUUCCCUAAUGGAAUCGAACUGGAUCGUAGUGAAAACAAUCUUCUGGUAUCGGAAAAUGCUCGCAGGAGAGUUAUUGUGAUUGAUUUGGAAUCCCGAAAUAUCGUGAAAACCAUCAAAUUACCGGGAGGCCCUGAUAAUAUUAGGAGAGCAAGAAAUAACGGUUAUUGGGUGGCUAUACCCACUCUACACCAUCCUACCACAGACUUUAUAUGGGCAUAUCCUGCACUCCGCAAUAUUAUUGCUAGCAUAUUGGGGAGAGAAGGUUUAUUUCAACUCGUUGAUCUUAACCAAGGAAUAAUCGUGAAACUCACUGAAACUUUUGAGCCUGAAAGCAUUCAUUAUGAUGUGGACGGUAAAGUUUCGAAAGCAAUAACGGAGGCCUCCGAAUUGGACAAUGGAGAAAUUUUGCUUGGUAGCUUCAUUCAAAGUGGAAUCGUUCUAUUGGAUGGAAAAUCACUGUAGUUCAGCUAGUGUAUGUUUUUCAAGUCGUAAUCAAACAUACGCUGACGCGCCCGGCGUCUGAUCAAUUAUUUGCUCUUUGUGUUUGCAAUAAAUUCCAUUACUCACUAUCAGGUUAACAAACGAUCAGUAUUGGUAGGAAUUAGUAUAUAGUUUAGUAGACAUUUAUUGAAAAUUAUGAAAAGGUCGAUAAAACGACCCAAUCACGUAUUAAACCGUCGUUGCUUGUUCCGAUUUCAUAUAUCAUAUAUAUAUGUAUAAUAUAUAUAUAUAUAUAUAUGUAUGUAUAAAAAAAAACGAUAGACUUACCAAAAACUACUGACGUCUCUUACAUUUCUUUGUUCAUUAAAAUUUGAUUCAAUAUCAUUACCGAAAAUUUCAUUCAUCUCCAAGAUUUUUACUGGAUAGGGCGGUACGAAUAGGAUGUGUAUUCCAUAUCUAUCGUCCCAUAUGUAUGAUCUAAAUUGACUAAUUAAUACCUUCGCCUUGGUCGGUGCUAUGUAUGAAAUUAAACUCAGUUAUUGACUUAGACCUCUUUGUGA